AUGGAGCUCCGUCAGCCCAUCGCUGUGGUUGUGACGGCGGCCCUGAGCUGCCUACUGACUGGCGGGCUGGCCUUUGGCUUUUCGGCCCUGAUUCCGAGGUUGGAGAGAGACGGGGCAUUUCGCGAGGACUGCCAUGAGAAGCACCCCUGUCAUGCCCAGCGCAUGCACCUGAUCUGGGUCUUCACUGCGGGAAUUUCGGCCUCAGGGUUGUCCACGCUGCCACAAGGCAUCUUGAUUGAUUCUUUGGGGCCCAAAGCCAGUGGGCUGGCUUUCGGCACUGCAGUGGCCGUCGGCUGCGCCCUCUUUUCUCUCGGCGGCCUCUGGGAGCAUGCAUACAUCACAGGCUUCGUGCUGCUUGCCGUGGGCGGCUCGGGCGUCUACGUCAGCGCCCUCAGCUUCGGAAACCUCUUCCCAAGACACGCGGGCUUCGUCGCCGCCAUCUUCGUGGGCUGCUUCGACGCCUCCAUGGUCAUCUUUCAAGUCCUUUCCCUCCUCAUAUCCUUGGGCCUGAGAGUUUCGACCAUCUUCCGGGCGUAUGCUCUCCUCUCUGCCCUUCUCGCGGCCGCGGCCGGUCUUCUCUGGCCUGCCGCGCCCGUGGCGGGCAAGAACCGUGAGAGUCAUGAAGAACCGGAAGGCGAUGGCUUCUGGAGCAAACUCCAAAGUUUGGACUUUGUUCUCUUCGCCUUUACCGUGAUCGUGGACGUCCUAUGUGUGAAUUUCUUCCUGGCGACGGUGUGGCCGAGGCUACGGUCGGUGGCGCCAGAUGAUGCGAAGAUGCUGAAUUCAUCUCUUGCAGUACUCCUGCCAGCAGGAGCCAUCCUUUUUGUCCCAUUGCUCGGCUACCUCCUUGGCCAGCUGGGGCCUGCGGCCGGCUUCCUCGCCCUGAAUG